AUGUUAAUUGAGCUGCCUCCAUGGACUGACAUUGUCAAGACUGGUGUUUUGAAAGAGCUUGCCCCAUAUGAUCCUGACUGGUACUACAUCAGAGCCGCUUCAAUGGCUAGAAAAAUCUACUUGAGAGGCGGACUUGGAGUUGGUGCAUUCCGUAGAAUAUACGGAGGAAGCAAGAGGAACGGAAGCCGACCGCCUCAUUUCUGCAAAAGCAGCGGCGGUGUUGCUCGUCACAUUCUUCAACAGCUCCAGACUAUGAACAUUGUCGACCUCGACACUAAGGGGGGAAGGAAAAUCACAUCGAGUGGACAGAGGGAUCUUGAUCAAGUGGCUGGAAGGAUCGCAGCCGCUCUCUAA